GUGAGGCGCUGACGUGAGCUGGGCGCACCUGGGCGGAGCAGGUAAGCGCCAGUGCGGGACCGUGAGCGGAGCCCGCACUCCCUACCUGCGCAGAGCCGGGUGUUACCUGCCCAACCUGUCGAGGCGCGCGGUGGCGACUGGAGAUCUCAGCUGGGGACAUGGUUCGGAGGGACGUCCGCUUCUGGUAGCCGAUUGAGGAAAGAAUCUUUGGGUGGCCCAGAGAAAGGACAGCCAACUCAAAGCCCAGCUCUUCAGAUCCUGGUGGAUAUACUACCUGCUCUAUAUCAUGGCCCUUCACCCCCGCAGAGUUCGGCUGAAGCCCUGGCUGGUGGCCCAGGUGGAUAGUGGCCUGUACCCUGGGCUCAUCUGGCUGCACAGGGACUCCAAACGCUUCCAGAUUCCCUGGAAACAUGCCACCCGGCAUAGCCCCCAACAGGAGGAGGAAAAUACCAUUUUCAAGCUGCAAGUCAGAAGUGAAAUUCAGUCUCUACCGUGGGCCUGUCAAGAUCUUGCUGAGACUGGACCAGGAAAGGCCUGGGCUGUGGAGACAGGGAAGUACCAGGAAGGGGUGGAUGACCCUGACCCGGCUAAAUGGAAGGCCCAGCUCCGCUGUGCUCUCAACAAGAGCAGGGAAUUCAACCUGAUGUAUGAUGGCACCAAGGAGGUGCCCAUGAAUCCAGUGAAGAUCUAUCAAGUGUGUGACAUUCCCCAGCCCCAGGGCUCCAUCAUUAACCCAGGAUCCACUGGAUCUGCUCCUUGGGAUGAGAAGGAUAAUGAUGUGGAUGAAGAAGAUGAGGAAGAUGAGCUGGAUCAGUCACAGCACCAUGUUCCCAUCCAGGACACCUUUCCCUUCCUGAACAUCAAUGGUUCUCCCAUGGCACCAGCCAGUGUGGGCAACUGUAGUGUAAGCAACUGCAGUGUGGGCAACUGCAGCCCUGAAGCAGUGUGGCCCAAAACGGAACCUCUGGAGAUGGAAGUACCCCAGGCACCAAUACAGCCCUUCUAUAGCUCUCCAGAGCUGUGGAUCAGCUCUCUUCCAAUGACUGACCUGGACAUCAAGUUUCAGUACCGUGGGAAGGAGUAUGUGCAGACCUUGACCGUGAGCAACCCCCAGGGCUGCCGGCUCUUCUAUGGGGAUCUGGGUCCCAUGCCUGACCAGGAGGAGCUCUUUGGUCCUGUCAGUCUGGAGCAGGUCAAGUUCCCAGGUCCGGAGCACAUCACCAAUGAGAAGCAGAAGCUGUUCACCAGCAAGCUGCUAGACGUCAUGGACAGAGGACUGAUCCUGGAGGUCAGCGGUCACGCCAUUUAUGCCAUCAGGCUGUGCCAGUGCAAGGUGUACUGGUCGGGGCCAUGUGCCCCAUCACUUGUUGCUCCCAACCUGAUUGAGAGGCAAAAGAAGGUCAAACUCUUUUGUCUGGAAACAUUCCUUAGUGAACUCAUUGCCCACCAGAAGGGACAGAUAGAGAAGCAGCCGCCAUUUGAGAUCUACUUAUGCUUUGGAGAAGAAUGGCCAGACGGGAAACCCCCGGAAAGGAAACUCAUCUUGGUUCAGGUUAUUCCGGUGGUGGCUCGAAUGAUCUACGAGAUGUUUUCUGGUGAUUUCACACGAUCCUUUGACAGUGGCAGUGUCCGCCUGCAGAUCUCGACUCCAGACAUCAAAGAUAACAUUGUUGCUCAGCUGAAGCAGCUGUAUCGCAUCCUCCAAACCCAGGAAAGCUGGCAGCCCAUGCAGUCUACCCCCAACAUGCAGCUGCCCCCGGCCCUGCCGGCUCAGUAAUCGCGAAUGCCAUCUUCCUUCUCUUUUUUUACAAUAUUGUACAUAUGGAUAUUUUUUAUUAUUCAGAUUUAACCAGCUUGUAAAACCCCUUUUCUUUCUAACAAUGUUAGUAGUUUCUGACUCUCCAAAUAUGCCUGGUUCUUCAAGUUGAUUUAAUUUAUGGAAAAAUCACCCUUUAUACUUUCCCUUUCUUUUUUACAAACAUCCCAAUGGUAGUAGAAUUGUAGUAGAAGGAGAUUUGGACACCAGGGUUCUAACGACGGCUUUACUCUCCAUGUACGACCUUGAACCAAGUCAUUUAACCUCUGGGCUUCAGAUUCAUUACUGUCAAAGUGAAGGGGUUGGAACGAUGCCUGAAAUAAUGCCAGCUUUAAAACUCUGACUCGAUGACCUCAUUCUACUUGUACAAGGCAAAACUGCCUGGAACAGAACCCUUCUGAAUUGUUCUUGUACCACUUUUUUUUUUCUUGCCUUCAUUAAAGUUCCCUCAAGCAGUGA